GCAGCGUUGACGCAUCGUCCUUGUUUUCGCCCUGCAACGGUUUCUUGAUUUAUUUUUCCUUGUAAAAAAAAAUAAACGGUUUCCCGGCGCAAUUUCAAACCCGCAUCAAGUAUACGCAACGUGUGCCUAGUAAGCAUCGCGUGCCUCCGUCGCUAAUUCCACGCUCUAAUGAAGUUAUAGGGUGCGUGAUUCCUGCUCUAAUCUCUGGUCAGGCCAAAGGAUCAAAAGAAGGCGCUCCGGAACUCGACGGUUAAUUGAAAACUCGCCUCGCACUUCAAAAACUUAAUCUCAAUCUCCCCGCGGGGAUUGGUCCUUUUACGCCUAGGUUUCGGGUAUCGAAAGUCGCUAUGAAAUUGGUCGUGUAUCUUUAUUUGUCCAUGAUUGUGCUGGGCGUGCAGGCCUGGCCCAGUGUGAAGCGGUCCUUUGAGCUCUUCCCCAACCCUGCAGUGCCGCACAAUGUGCACACGGUCUCAGAUUGCAUGCAUGUGGCCUCCGAGGCAGGUGACUACAUCUUCAAGAAGCUCAACCCUCUGAGUUCAGCCCUCAAUCGGGAGGUGGCUCUGCUCGAGCUGGAGGCAGCAGGAGGAGUAGGAGGAGCAGCAGGAGUGGGAGUUGGAGUGGGUGUAGUGCCAGGGGAAGGAGCGGCAACUGGAACAGGAGCAGAUGUCCAGGAACUGCAGCCCGAGGUCUGUGGACUUUAUGUGAUUGGGGAGCCAGACACAAUUGUGGAGAUUACAAUGAAGCACUACGAUGCGAACUGCGAGACAGGAGCCCUAAUGGCGUUUGUUGAUGGCUGGGAGCUGAAUGGCGAGUACUUUCCGGGCAUUAAAGAUCACCAUCGCCCUUUGGAGGAGCGUGUUUACGAGUUCUGCAACAACUACAGACAAUGGCCACGUGUCAGUAACAAGAAGUUCUUCCGGUCGAGUCAAAAUGCCGCUUUGCUCCAAUACCGCAUUCCUGUGAGAGGUUCCUUUGUGGCCAAUGUCCGAUUCCACAAGAUCACGCAACCCUGCAAUGUUUUGGUACAGGACACGGCUGCUAUGUACAAGAUGACCAACUUUGGCCAGGCUCGCAACUGCACCAUCUCGGCGCUCUUUCCGGCCGUGGUUUCUCUAGCCAGCUUGCGGAUUGGCGGAAAGAGUGUGAGGGCCCAGCCAAAGGUCAACUAUGAUUGUCAAUUGCCCAGUGAUCGACUAGAGAUCGGAGGAUCUUCGGGACUGGACCCCAUUGGAAUGGAGCAGGCCAGUGCCGUUUGCGGAGCCUCCAGUGAUUUGGGACCCGAACAAGCCAUGUUCUGCGGAGUGAGCACCGUGAGAUUGGUGUCCUCCGGCCGCUUCCAGAACCAGGCGGCCAUUGUCCUGCGAAAGGCCGAGGAGCAGGACCUGGACAUCGCCACGCUCAUCUGUGCGCUCUAAGCUAGUUAGGCGAGAGCUGGGACCCUGUCCAAAAAUGUAUAUGUUUGUAAAAAAAAUGAAAAAGAAUCCAGAGCAGCGGACGACACCUCCCCGGACUCCAUCGUAGUGCUUAAACUUAACUCUUAACUUAAUCCAG